GCAGUGAGGUCCAGCCUGCUGCGCACUUGUCGGAACGCACAGAUAGAGCGCACUAUAGCAGUGGGGAUGAACGGGGCACGUGUGGACUCUCGUAAAGACUCUUAAGCGCGCUUUAUUGACUGGAUUAUUGUGUUGUUAUUUUGCGAGAGUUGUUUACAGUGGUUACUUUGUGAGCGGAUACCCUCCUGUCUGAGCGCAUCCCGGGACAAGAUUGCGACCUGGAGGGGCUCCUCCACACUUAACAGUGGAGUGGAGAAGCCAAAGUAGAAGUAAUGUUUUAAGGAUACGGUGAAGCCCGGGUGCCUGACAGCCCAUGUGUGUCCGGGCCAACCCUCUCGGUGAGGAGUGAGGUGAAGAGUGAUUGCAGUGCAUCCUGGAGCCUGAGCAUGGUUCACCUCUCUUCUGCCUGGCUGCUGGGAGGCCCUCUGGGCCUGUUUCUGUUGGUUCCUGUCCUCAUGGCCCCCACACCUUCCAGCCUGUGCACCCCUUUGAAGACCUUGAACGACAGUCUGAGCUACAGGAGGCGCUACAUGAAGCACAACUUUCCUAUCAACUAUGGCAUUCGUGUUCAUUAUGAGGAAAUAUUUAAACUCUCCAACAUAAGCUGGAUGAGAGUAAAUGUGGAGGGCUUGGAUGAGCUGACUCUCCAGAGGCUUUGGUUCCAAGUCAAUCAAGGCAUCUUAAAAAAGCUUAUUCGUGUGAUGCCAGAAAGACAUCCAUCCCGGCCAUACACUGCAGAGCUAGAGACGCGCCUCCGAGAUGCAGAAGGGGUCUUUGUUUUGGCACAUCCUGCUGAGGUGUUCCAACAGGAGCUUCCAGACUCGGUCCAAGACAUUUGGGAUCAGUUAACUGAAGAGCCAGAAAAAGUGUCCAGCUGGAGAUAUGCCACUCCGAAGUCCCUCGUGGACAACUUGUGCCACACCAUGCGCUGUCUUUUCAGCCAAUGUUUUACCACAGAAGCACAGCACGACUAUUGUGACACAUCACAUUGCAGGAGAGGUAGGAAGAAGAAUAUGAAUCCAAAAAGCUGAGAAUAAACCAUGAAGGUGAACUUCUUCAUGGAAUCAUAUUUUAGUCUGCCCCUAAAGCAAAGAGGACUGCAGAAGGACAAUUGACACUGGCAGUGCCAGUCUUGACUUAUGGACACCUGUGCAAUGAGGAUGAAGAAUAUCAGAUGAACACACUUGGCAACAGACACGAUAUGGCAUAAUAUGAUUUUGUUAUUAUACUUCAUAUCAUUACAAAGAGACAGAUGUUUAAGAGAUUUGUUAUACAAGUUAUAUGCAUAUUCAAUCAUGUUAAAUGAUGUUUAAAGAAGGAAGAGAAGGAGCUGAUUCAGGAAUAGAAGGAUACAGGAAUCUCUGGAAUAGGAGAAUGGUCUCCAGCAGUCAGGAUAUGAUAACUGUUGCACGUGCUGUGCACCAGUGGACCUGCCCGCUCACUGCACAAGAAGCCUACAUGGAAGAACUAUACGCAAAGGUUCAUGUCUCCCUGACUUUGUACUAUAAGUAAAUAUUACUGCUAUGAAUGCACGAGCUACAGCCAGAACCAACACAUGGACCCAACUUCAAAGUAAAGCCAAAAACUGCUGUUGUCUAUAUAUUUUGCGAAUGCCUUAACUUAAUGUGCCAUUAUGAUAUGCAUUGCUGCCUAUCCAAAGGUCUAGGACUAAUGCAAGAGAUUGUUAAAUAUUCAAAGCUGUAUGCACAAUGGAACCACAGUUGGAACAAUAGAAAUACUUUUAUACAGAAAAUGGAAGUCUAGCAUUUGGUGAGAACUGAAGAUAUAUAUGCACUACAUGAAUUUAUUUUAGCACAAUCUUGGCAAAUUUCUGAGCAUUAAACAAAACAAUGAAUUGGCCUCCACAACAACCACAUUUGAUUUAUGAUUUAUAUGAAUAAAAGAUAAAGUGAAACUGGAUUGACCAAUAAUUUGAAUGUUAAUGUUCUGCUCUAAUGUUCUGUUAUCUCAACUUUACAACACCUUCGUUUUUUAGAAUGUAUUUAUUAUUAAAUGUAACUCUUCGGCAGGGAGAAUGAACAUGUUACAAUUAUAGAGAUUAAGUAGCGCUGUCAGAUGGUUAGACAUACAGCCUUAGGCAGGCAUCACAAACUCACAAAUUCUCUCCAAAACUCACUGGCACUAACAAUAAAUCAAAACUAUAAUAGUAAAAAGCAAUUUAGAAUGUUGCCUGUGGUCUGAAAUUGAGAUUCUAGAAAUAGAUUUUAUAUGCAAG